AUGGUUUCUCAAAAGUAUCACACUCCAUUCUGUAACAAGAACUGUAAGAUCGAACAUCACGACUUAGUCACCGUUUUGUGCUUGGAUAGUUCGCAAAAAUCCGACGAGCUUCCCGACUUACUGAAGGAAUGCAUUGAAUCGUACGGCAGGAGCUGGGAUCGCAAUAGCAAUGUCCCUGAUCCCUUAGAAGACCUAAGAUGUCCCCUGUUAUACCUUGCCUCUGCAUUCGGCAAGGCAGGCCUGGUGAAAGCACUCCUACAGGACGGCUUUGAUCCGCACGUUCUCAAUUCCUGCGGUGAGACCGCCUUGCACGGUGCUGUCGAGUACAUUUACAGAACAGGUUCCUUGCAGACCAGAGGCUUGAAAGUGGCAUCAACUUUAGGGCCCAUUAAAAACAGGAGGAAAGCGUUUGAGCGAAUUUUGGUCGCUUUGACUGACAGCGAUCCCAAGAUCAUAUUUGUACCAGACAACAACGGAAAUACAGUUUUUCAUGCCGUAGCUGAAAAUGUUUGGAAUGAUCGACAAAAUGACCGGCUUGGAAAAAGUGCCACGUUUUACCAAUUCUGUAUGAGUAGUAUGGUGAACCGGCUGUUAGAGAUGGAAGAAGCUGGACAGGUCACAAGAACCGAAACGUUAGAGGGCUUAAAUGCACAGAACAAUGAAGGAGAUACGAUUUUUCACAUCUUGGCGCGAGAUUAUGCCUACGGUUUUAAGACCAUGAAACAAAUUCUGAAAAUUUUCUUUCCUGGUGAAGUGCCGUCCAUAGUCAACAAAGAGAACCAGACUGUCCCCGACAUCGCGUUGGCACGCAAUCGUAAGAGAGCGACGCAAGUUUUUCCGGAAUUUUUAGCGAAAAGUAAGAGUAACGAAGAAAUUUUAAAAUGUUUUCUUUCAGGGAAAAAAGUGAUAACUUCGUAGAGAUGCGCCGAUUUGGUAAUGAUCCUUAGUAAUAUAACAUGAACAAAAUUUUAACAAACUCAGAAAACAAAAGACAAGAAGUCAAAGAAAGAUUAUGUCAUCUCACUAUAUUCCAACCAAUCAGAGCGGCCAUUCUUAUUUCAUUUCAACACAAAACGACUCAACCACUCGAGAGUGAUUUUAUUCAAUGCCUUCUCUUCAUUUCUUGGGGUAAGCCAGGUGCCUUCAUAUGGAUCAAAACUAUUUCAAAAUAAUGCUUGUUUAAAUCACCAUCGUUUUAUUUCAUUCAAAGGUGAGAGUGUGAUCACAAUCAGCUCAGAAUCCGACAUUUCGGACAACGACUCACAAACUCCCAGCACCUCAAGGGACUCGGGACCUUCUGCGAUCACAAACAGAGAUCGUCCAAUUGUCAUCUCUGAUAGCAAUGUACCACAGAUCACCCACACUAUCGAAGAAGAGGACGAUGGUUCCGAUGAAGCCAUCACUGUUUCACGGGAGACUGACGCUGGAUCAGUGUUUGGAGACACUUCUGCUCCAAUUAAUUCAAACGUUAGACGGCACGAUCUUCUGACAGUUUCGUUUGAUAGCAGCUGGGGUAAACUAUCGCAGAUGGAUAUCCCUUCGUUCAACAGCCUUUCUGAGAAGUCCAAUCAGAUCAUCUCCCCCUAUGAGAGUGUAUUAAAUGUGCCGGUUGAAGCAGAAGUCAUGUGCGCCUCUCAAACUAUCCAGUCUACCGUGAACCUGACUUUGGAGGAAAAUACCGAGCGGAAUAACGCAUCUGAAACUGGGGACGCACUUCACGCCGCAUCAAAACGCCCUGAGGUGUCAGACACUUGUACUAACGGCACAGAUAAUGCUCCGUCUGACCCAAAAGCACCCUUCACCCAUAAACUCUCUUCCGAUGAUUCUAAAGUCGCCAAUAGCAUUACUAAGGACGUAGCUAUUGUCAUAUCUCCCACUGAAGAGCGGAUAGCCUUAAGCUCUGUGGAAGUUGCUGUAUGCAGCGCUACUGUACCCGAAAAAAGUAAUAGUGGGCCUUGUCUAGGAAAAAGCUCUGCGGCCGAGGGGUCCUGUAGACCCGAAGCUCAGACAACACAGGUAGAAAAAAAUGACCAAUCUGAUAAGAACACGAUUGAGUUACACGAUUCUCCAGAGUCAAAAAGUGGCUCUCCGGACGUGCAUGACAAGCAAAUCCCAUUACAGUCUCCAGUUACUCUCACUAGCAUAAGCCGCCAAGACGAUGUUGCCUCCAAGCAGCAACCCUCUGUUUCCAAAGUCCUCGAGACCAGCCGCGGUAAGCAGGCUGCUAAUUCUUCCCAAGCCAAGGUUACUGGUGAGUCAAAAGCUCGGGAUUUACCCAGCCGCCCUCGGAAACAAAUCCUAGAGUCUUCUGAAUACAUGGAGGAGUACACCUAUGGCAUAAUGAACACGCCCGUAUUGAGCCCACGACGAAACAUUGAUCACACCAGCGCACGUACGCACCACACCAUUUCCGCCACUUCCUUAACGUCGGCCAGUACUGAAAGUGUCCAUUCCCAGUCUUUUGAACCAUUGGACGCUGAUGACGAGGCCUCAGAUGAAAAAAGUACUAUUUUGAAGUGCAUCACAGACAACUCCUUCCUAGAGUUCCUCAUAACCGAGGGGCUCGAACUGGAUGCGUGCAGCAAAAAGGGCGUGGUGGAAGUGGUUAUAGCGCAGUAUAAUAAUAAGCUUGACAAAGUAGAGAGCACUAUUCCUAAACUGGCUGCACAGUUAAGGGAAACAGAAUCAAAUAUUACUCAACAGAAGGAGAAAGUCAAACAGCUGCAAGAAGAGAUAGAAUUUGUGAAGGGAGAGAUUGUCAAAAACGAGAAUUUGUUUCAGGACUUUACAACCGAGCAACAAGGGUUAAGUAAACAGAGAAAAGCUCUUAAAAGGAAAGUUGCCCGUUGUGAACGUACCAUGACAAAGCUACUAGGAAAAGCUAAGAAACCCCGUGUGGAAUGA